AUGAGAAAUUUUGUAUUCUUGGAGCGGAAAUCCGAUCUCUUCAAGACCACAGCCUGGGCAUCCAAAAUCCGACCGGGGNCAUCUCUCCAUGACCGAACUCGGUCACAACCCCCCAGCCGGACCGAAUCUCCAUUGUUGAACCCCAACUACACCACCAUCCGCGGGCCGAACCUACCACCGUUCGCGGGCCGGACCUACAACCGUUCGUGGGCCGAACAGAACCAUCCGCUUCCGCAGGCCGAAUCUACAACAAACCGUGGGUCGAACCUACCACCGUUCGUGGGCCGGACCUACAACCGUUCGUGGGCCGAACAGAACCAUCCACCUCCGCGGGCCGAAUCUACAACCGACCGCGGGUCGAAACCAACCACCAUAUGCGGGCCGAACACGGAUCCUACAUCACAGACGGCCCGCUCGGAUCUCCCUACCAUAGACGGGCCGAACAGCCGAAUCCGCGACCACCAACGGCCUAAAUCCGUGACGAUCGACCUCGAACAUAUCGAGCAUCUCUACUCGCCGAAUCCCAAAUCGCCGACCUCCCUCCACGCUGCAGCCGCCCUCGCCGUGCCGACGACCCCACGGAUGCCGAACCACCGCUUAUCCUUCAGGGCCAAAGCCAAACCAUCAACCUCGAAACUGACGGGCCGGCUCACGGUCGGGCUCAAAAUCGACCCGAAUGGUGGGAUGGAGUCUCCGAGUCGCGGCAGACUGAUAGAGGUACCUCUUCUCUUCCAGCCAGAAACUGAAUGCAGUUCUUCAGAUUCGAACGCCUUAAAACCCAAAUCUCAGUUGGUUUUCUCCAUUGAAGCCGAUUUGAGCAUCAAGCGUGAACGAUUUCGAUGUAGACCAGUCUGGUCACAGACGAGCACUGUCACUGCCGAGCACCGUACCGGCUCGGCUAAGAGAAGUGGCGCAUUUAUUAUGGACGAGGCUCCUAACUACCUUGUUGUCGGGUACACGCGUCAGUUCAGCCCUGAUCUGAUGCCCUUCGAGAUUCGCAGUCAAUCAUUACACAUUUAA